CAGAUGCCACUCAGCAAGAAAGACCAGAUGACUAUAGAGAAGACUCCGAGUUAUUACGUCACACCUGAAGUGCCGGCACGUGUCUACAAUUUGUCACGUCACAUAAAAUUAAUUGUCGCUGUGCGAGACCCGGUGACUCGAGCUAUUUCUGAUUACACGCAGGGCGUUAGCAAACAACGCGAAGCCAAGACAUUCGAAGAAAUGGCUUUUUUAAAUAUGACCACCGGUCUGAUAGAUACUUCGUGGAGUGCCGUCAGAAUUGGUCUGUACGCCAAGCACUUGGAAAGAUGGCGUCGGUUUUUUCCAGCCUCUCAGAUACACAUCGUCAGCGGAGAAACUUUGAUCUCAGACCCGGUAGAAGAAAUGGCUAGAGUACAGGACUUCCUGGGACUGCCACGACUGGUGGACCAGACGUAUUUCUAUUUUAACGAAACUAAAGGCUUUCCUUGCAUUCGUAAAAGUCGGACAAAAUUUCACUGCCUGGAUAAAACGAAAGGACGAGUUCACCCCAAAAUCAACCCGGCUUUCUUAGAAAGACUGCGGGAUUUUUUCCGACCUUUUAACUUGAAAUUUUAUCAACUUACCGGGAAAAACUUUGGCUGGUCUUAAAUGUGCAAGUGGUCAAAAUAUAUUAGGGACGUCUUUCUGUGAUAAAACUGGAGCGGCUUUUGUAACAAUGGCCGAGUUUUGUAUAGAAUAAAUAUCCCUGCUCAUCUCAGACGUUAACACAUAUAAACUGCUAAUGUUUACAAAAUUACGAUAAACAUUACUGCUAACACGACUUUCUAUCAGACAGUCAAACCCCGUGUUUAAACAAACAUUUCAAAACAAGUUCAACAAACUUACCAUGAUCAUCAACCUUGUUGUCAGCGAAGUGCAAUUCAACCAUGUAGAUCAUUCAGUCCAUGGUUAUUAUCGUUUUUAACAUUUUAACUCUAUAUUUUUAGCGUGACGAGACAACAUCUUGAAGAUCAUUAGUCCAUGGUUACUAUCGUUUUUAACAUUUUAACUCUAUAUUUUUAACGUGACGAGACAACAUCUUGAAGAUCAUUAGUCCAUGGUUACUACCGUAUUUAACAGUUUAACUCUAUAUUUUUAGCGUGCCGAGACAACAUCAUGAAGAUCAUUAAUCCAUGGUUACUAUCGUAA